AUUCCUCCGUCUGGGCUAUGGCACCUCUGAGCCAGAUAAGCAACCACAUCAACUCCACUUGUGGGGCCGAGAACUCCACGGGGGUCAGCCGGGCCCGCCCGCAUGCCUACUACGCCCUGUCCUACUGUGCGCUCAUCCUAGCCAUCAUCUUCGGCAACGCCCUGGUGUGCGCAGCUGUGCUGAGGGAGCGCGCCCUACAGACCACCACCAACUAUCUGGUGGUGAGCCUGGCUGUCGCAGACCUGCUGGUGGCCACGCUGGUGAUGCCGUGGGUGGUGUACCUGGAGGUGACAGGUGGAGUCUGGAACUUCAGCCGCAUUUGCUGUGAUGUUUUUGUCACCCUGGAUGUCAUGAUGUGUACAGCCAGCAUCCUGAACCUCUGUGCCAUCAGCAUAGACAGGUACACAGCGGUGGUCAUGCCAGUUCACUAUCAGCACGGAACCGGGCAGAGCUCCUGUCGGCGUGUGACACUCAUGAUUACAGCUGUGUGGGUGCUGGCCUUCGCGGUGUCCUGCCCUCUCCUCUUUGGUUUCAACACAACAGGGGACCCCAGCAUCUGCUCCAUCUCCAACCCUGAUUUUGUCAUCUACUCUUCCGUGGUGUCCUUCUACGUUCCUUUUGGGGUGACCGUCCUGGUCUACGCCAGGAUCUACAUGGUGCUGAGACAGAGGAGACGGAAAAGGAUCCUCACUCGACAGAACAGUCAGUGCAUCAGCAUCAGGCCUGGAUUCCCGCAGCAGUCUUCCUGUCUGCGGCUCCAUCCCAUUCGACAGUUUUCAAUAAGAGCCAGGUUUCUGUCAGAUGCCACGGGACAAAUGGAGCACAUAGAAGACAAACAAUAUCCCCAGAAAUGCCAGGACCCUCUCUUGUCACACCUGCAGCCCCUCUCUCCUGGCCAGACCCACGGGGAGCUGAAGCGCUACUACAGCAUCUGCCAAGACACUGCCUUGAGGCACCCGGGCUUUUCAGAAGCAGGAGGAGGGAUGAGCCGGGUGGAGAGGACGCGGAACUCCUUGAGCCCCACCAUGACACCCAAGCUCAGCUUAGAGGUUCGAAAACUCAGCAAUGGCAGGCUGUCCACCUCUCUGAAGCUGGGGCCCCUGCAGCCGAGGGGGGUACCGCUUCGGGAGAAGAAGGCCACCCAGAUGGUGGCCAUUGUGCUUGGGGCCUUCCUUGUCUGCUGGCUGCCCUUCUUCCUGACUCACGUUCUCAUUACUCACUGCAAGGCUUGCCAUGUGUCCCCGGCACUUUACAGAGCCACAACAUGGCUAGGCUAUGUGAACAGCGCCCUCAACCCCGUCAUCUAUACCACCUUCAACGUGGAGUUCCGCAAAGCCUUCCUCAAGAUCCUGUCCUGCUGAGGGAGGAGAAGAAGCCGCACUCACUUUACCCACUUCCAGAUGCCAGGCAGGUUGGACCCCUGCCCACCAGGGUCUGCCUGAAAUGACUACACUGUGUUCUGGCGUGUGUGGUAUGAAG